AUGGAUGCUGCGAUUAGUGCUCCGGUUCAAGUUACACUGCAGAAAUUGCUUGAUCUCGCCACUCCAGACUUGAGCCUGGUGUGGGAUUUCAAGAAAGACUUAAGAAAGUUAGACGGAUCGUUGAAAAUGAUGGAUUGUGUCUUACAAGAUGCUGAGAAACGCGAAGUUACCGAGGAGGCUGUCGAACUCUGGCUCAAGAACCUUCGGGAUGUUACUUACGAUGCUGAUCAUGUCUUGGAUGAGAUCAACUAUGAAAAUAUGCGUCAUAUGGUGGAGAUCCAAAACCGGACUAAGAUAAAGGGGUGCUUAAACAUCUUUUCCUGUACCCCCCCUCUGGCAUUCCGAUGGAGGAUGGCUCGCAGGAUCAAGGACAUCAACGUCGACUUGAAAAUGAUCGAAGAGAAAGCUAAUACCUAUGGCCUCCAGAGAGUUGCGAAUUAUGCUCUCAUUGUGCCUCCGGCCCCGGAAACUGACAGCAUAACUGUUGAUCCAAUUGUCGUUGGGAGACAAAAUGAUGAAUCAGAAGUUGUGCGGCAGAUAACUAGACCUGUCAAUGAAGUUCUUUCAGUCCUUCCGAUAGUUGGAAUGGGAGGGCUUGGCAAGACAACCUUAGCUCGGUCGGUCUUCAAUCACCAGCACACACACAGUCAUUUCGCCCUUAGGAUUUGGGUAUGCGUUUCUGAAAAUUUUGAUGUGAUGACGCUUUUUAAAAGGAUUUUGGAGUCCUUAGGAAAAAGUUUUCAAGGAGCCAGCAGGCAAGCUGUUGUGGAUAGGCUUCGAGAAAAAUUGGAAGGCAAAAGAUACUUGCUUGUUCUUGAUGAUUUGUGGAAUGAAAAUAGAGAAGCUUGGGAGGAUUUCAAAAAUACUAUGGCUGGAAUUAACCCCAACAGUGGAAAUGUCAUCAUGGUGACUACACGUCAGCAAAGUGUGGCAUCAAUCGUGAGAUCUUACAGAGAUCCAUACAGCUUGAAAGUAUUAACAAAUGAUGAAUGUUGGUCUAUAAUCAGAGCAAGGACCUUUGGAGAUGCAGAAGUACCAGAACGAUUUGAGAAAGUUGGAAAGGAGAUUGCUCGAAAAUGUAGAGGUCUGCCAUUAGCAGCAAACAUGGUCGGCGGAACUUUGCAAGGAAAGGAAGUAGAUGAGUGGGAUUCUGUUCUAGAGAUCGGGCUUUCAAAUCUUGAAGCAAAUCCGAACAGUAUAGAGCAAGUCUUAAAGAUAAGCUUUGAUCGUUUAUCUUCUCCUUCACUUAAAAAAUGUUUUGCCUAUUGUUCAAUAUUUGCCAAGGAUUCAAGAAUAGAGAAAGAAGAGUUAAUCCAACUCUGGAUGGCGGAAGGAUUUCUUCCAGAUAAUCCAGAAAAUAAUAUGGAAAGUUUGGGCAAUACAUUUUUUAAUAUUCUGUUGCAAAAUUCCUUCCUGCAAGAGGCCGUCAAGGAUGAUUAUGGCAAUAUCGAAUACUGCGAGAUGCAUGAUCUUGUGCAUGAUCUCGCAUGCUCAGUUUCAAAUUCAGAAAGCUUUAAUGCGGAGGUUAUCAUUGCUGACGACAUUCCUAAAGUCAGAUACCUUGCUACAAAAUUACUUAAAGAUGAAACACGAGUAACAAAAGAGAAAGCAAGUUAUCUGCGUCCUUUAUUCUAUGGUGGCCAAGAGACGAGAGUAAUGUUCCCAGCACUUGAAAGACUCAUUCUAAGGCACAUGCCGAACCUAACAGAGUGGGCAGAAGCUGAGGUGAUGCCAGUGGCGGAAACACGAACAUGUAGAGAGCAGAUUACAUAUUGCCCCAAAUUGAAUACUUCUCACAUGCAUUUCCCUUGCUUGAAAGAAUUGGAGAUUGAUACUAUGGAUAGUGAUUUUCCAUUGACAAAGAUUUUGAGUAGCAGCAACCUAACUUCUUUGGAAAAGUUCUCGAUCAGGAAUAUAUCAACGCUCACUUGUCUUCCCCACUUGAAAGGAUGCCAGAAAUAUCUUCGAGAGUUGAUUAUUAUAGAUUGUGACAAAUUGAGAGAAUUACCUGAUGAUCGAAGUUUGCAAUCAAUUUCACAUCAAAGUGGACAAAAAGUUCCCCCUUCUCUUCGAGAGUUGGGAAUUGAGAAUUGCACUGAGCAGAGCGGCCUAUCAACUGAAAUGACUGGAUGCGAGAAACUCAUUUCUUUUCCAAUAGAUUUGGGGGAAUUGCCUUGUAUCUCAUGCUUAAAGAUAAAUAGUUGUCCUGAAUUGAUGAGUUUGCCCAAGGGAAUUGGCCAUCUUAGCAACUUAACAGACUUGGCCAUUGGUGGAUUCUCAGAAUCAAUUGAUUUCAACUCAUUCCAAGCUGCACUCGACGGCAUCCAACAAUCCAAAUCCCUCUGGCGUUUGACUUUAUAUGGUUGGGAACAUUGGGACUCAUUGCCAUAUCAGCUUCAGCAUCUCACUUCGCUCAAAUACUUAUGUUUAAAUGGUUUUGGAAUUGAAGCAUUGCCAGAGUGGUUGGGGGUUCUGUCAUCUCUUUUCUCAUUAGAGCUGCGUAACUUCAAAAAGCUUAGGCAUAUGCCCUCUAAGCAAACGAUGCAACGCCUCACCAAGCUAGAAAAUUUAUUUGUUCAUCGUUGUCCAUUGUUGGAGGAGAGGUGCAGGGAAGAAAGAGGCCCUGAUUCUAAGUGGUCAAAGAUUACACAUAUUCCUCGCAUACUUGGAAUGUGCCGACAUGGUUAA